GCCUUGUGAAAUCCCGAUCGUGGGUCUGUGCUUGAGCUUGUCCAUGAAUCUGCACGUUCAAGGAGAUAUAAGUACAUUGGCACCUGGGUCAGUUCCCUGGAAGAAUGGCAGUAGGAAGGAAGAGCCUUAUCCUCAGCUUGUUGAUACAACACUUUGUGCUGCUACAUGGAGCCAAGAUCCUGACAGUGUGCUUUUUAGGAGGAAGCCAUUAUCUCUGGAUGGAUGAAAUCUCACGUAUUCUCCACAACAAUGGUCAAGAGGUAACAAUGUUCCUGCAGAUUGCAGAUGGAUUGCUACCAGAUUACCAGAUGCAGGAGAGUCCUUACAGAUUAAUCACCUGGUCCCUGGAUAAGAAUUAUUUGAAAGAAUUUAGCGAGUUUUUCAGAGACAGCAAAUAUAACUUUAAGGACUGCGAUGAACUUUCUUCUUAUUUGGGCCUCAUGACCCAUUUCUCACGCCAGUGCAAGAUGAUAUUUAACCAGACGUCCAUUAUGAACUUAUUAAAGGAAGAGAAGUAUGACCUUGCAGUGAUAGAUUCUUUCAAUCCUUGUACCUUUCUGGUGUCUGAGAAGUUAGGAAUCCCCUUCAUUGCUACUCACCCUUUUCCUGUAAAGAAUCCCUGGCAUUCAGGAAUACCGAACCAGCUGUCCUAUAUGCCAGUGUAUCAGUCCCAACUAACAGAUCACAUGGACUUCUUUGAACGGGCGAAGAAUGUUUUUAUGUACAUUGCAUCAGCUGUAUUGGAGAGAAAAAUCUACUCAUUAUUUGAUGAUGUAAUUGAAGAACAUUUUCCAGCAUGUUCUAGACCAUCCUUUGAAGAACUCUACAAGAAAACGGCACUCUGGAUGUAUUUAACAGAUUUUACCAUUGAAUUUCCCCAUCCUUUCUUUCCAAAUGUUCUUUACAUUGGAGGUGUAUUAGCAAAACCAGCAAAGCCUGUCUCAGAGGAAUUGGAAGAUUUUAUCGCUCAGUCAGGAGAGCACGGGUUUAUCAUUGUGACAUUUGGCUCGAUGGUACCGUCCAAUCCUCUUACUGAGUUUGUAAAAGAGAUGAAUGACGGUUUUUCGAAAAUCCCACAAAAAGUCAUUUGGCGAUAUCGAAUAUCAGAGUGGCCGAAAGAACUGCAAUUGGCUCCGAAUGUAAAAAUAAUGAAUUGGAUUUCUCAGAAUGAUCUCCUGGGACACCCCAAGGCUCGCCUUCUGGUCACUCAUGGAGGGGUAAAUAGUAUCCAGGAAGCUAUCUAUCAUGGGAUUCCUAUGGUGGCAAUCCCUCUUUUUUUUGAUCAGUUUGACAAUGCAGUUCGGAUAAAAGCAAAACAUUUGGGAACAUUUAUUCCGAAAGAUCAACUCAAAGCUGAGAAAUUGGCAAAUGCUAUUAGGGAUGUAAUAGGAGGUGAAAGUUACAAGAACUCGGCGAUGCACCUAAGCCUGAUACAGAGGUCGCAGCCUUUUCCCAAGGACCAACAAAUAGUGCGAUGGGUGGAGCACAUUGUAAAAGUGGGUGGGACCGAUCACCUUAUUCCUUACUCCUACCAGCAGCCCUUGUAUCAGCAGUAUCUUCUGGAUGUCUUUCUAUUUGUGUGUGUGUGCGUCAUUGGGGCCUGUUACCUCACUGUCAAGCUACUGAAGAUGUUCAUCCAAAAACUUUGUUCUUUCAGAAAGCUGAAACAAAAUUAAAAGCAUUCUAAGAAAAAAGGGUUUAACUUUAUAUUUUUUAAAAUAUGAAUAGAAAGGUUGCAUACAGCUUGUGUCAACAAAUGGACUAAUAAAAAUAACAUGUAACAGCGCAUAGCAAUUUUCAAUAAUAAAAUAUCCAUUGUUUAUUA